CCAUGUGUUCACAGCGCCAUCUGCCGGAUAAACGCAAACAAUACAACAACACAGAAAACAAACAUGGCGGCGUCCAUAACUUUCCUUGGAAAUUCGCAAUUUUUAAAUUAGACUCAUUUAAAAACAUUCGAAGCGUGACUACUUAAAACAAGGUAAAGUUGCAAGCCGGACCGGACUCGAUUCGGAGCUGCUGGGUCCUCCGUGAGGAUCAUGUCCCGGCUGGCGGUGGUGUGUGGGGGCUCCAGGGGCAUCGGGAGGGCCGUGUCCUGCCUGCUGGCGGAGAGGGGCUGCAGGCUGGUCGUAGUCUCCAGGAGGGAGGAUGCUGCCCGCGCUGCUGUGGCGGCCCUACCUGGAGCCCACCACCAGGCUCUGAGCUGUGACGUCUCCAAAGAGGAGGAGGUGCAGAGAACCUUUGAAACGAUCCAGAAGAUGUGCGGAAACAUCACUUACCUUGUGAAUGCAGCCGGCGUCAACAGAGAUGCUCUGCUGCUGAGGACCAAACCAGCAGAAAUGGUGGCUCUGCUUCACACCAACCUUCUGGGCUCCAUGCUGACCUGCAGGGCAGCUCUUCGCAGCAUGCUGCACACAAGAGGAGCUUCUAUAGUUAACAUAGGCUCGGUGGUGGGCCUGAAAGGAAACGCUGGUCAGAGUGUCUACAGCGCCGCUAAAGCUGGGUUGGAAGGAUUCACACGCUCCCUCGCCAAAGAAGUUGCUUCUAGAAACAUCCGAGUUAACCUGUUGGCUCCAGGUUUCGUCCACACAGACAUGACAGCAGAGCUGAGGGGGGAGGACGGAGCCCGCUCCAUCCCUUUGGGGAGGUUUGGAAUGCCGGAGGAGGUUGCCCAGGCCGCGCUUUUCCUGCUGGAGUCUUCGUACGUCACAGGACACGUGCUGGUGGUGGACGGAGGGCUGCAGCUGGCUCUCUAAACGUCAGAAAGAUCCGUUUGUCCGUUUUACAGAGCUGAGCUUUUAUCUCUGAGAUUAAAGAAUUUCAAAUGUGA